UUUUGGCUCAAGCUCCGUAGCCAUUUUGGCUCAAGCCAUUUUGACCUAAGGUAUUUACAGUGUGGCUCAAGCCGCGGUGCCGUGUCUUCUCGGAUGCUGGGCAUCGGCCGAGGGUCUCGAGAAGGCGUGAUUUCGCUCGAAGCGUCGAUCAAGAACUGCGGUCGGACAAAACAAUGGAGCGUAGCACUGCGGUUGCUCCGCGAAGGACUUCGAUUAGGUGUGCAACUUGUCCCAGGCCACUACAUUGCGAUUGCCAGCGCAUGCAGAAAAGGCGGGCAAUGGCAACACGCGCUUUCAGUGCUCAGUGACAUGUGGAAGGCGAAGCUGGAGCCCAACGUCAUCAGCUACAACGUUGGGAUCAGCGCGUGCGAGAAGGCUGGAUCCCGACGUCAUCAGCUACAGCGCUGGGAUCAGCGCGUGCGAGAAGGGCGAGCAGUGGCAGCCGGCGCUUGCGCUGCUGAGCGAGACGCGGGAGGCGAAGCUGGAUCCCAACGUCAUCAGCUACAACGCUGGGAUCAGCGCGUGCGAGAAGGGCGAGCAGUGGCAGCGGGCGCUUGCGCUGCUGAGCGAGAUGUGGGAGGCGAAGCUGGAUCCCGACGUCAUCAGCUACAGCGCUGGGAUCAGCGCGUGCGAGAAGGGCGAGCAGUGGCAGCCGGCGCUUGCGCUGCUGAGCGAGAUGCGGGAGGCGAAGCUGGAUCCCAAUGUCAUCAGCUACAACGCUGGGAUCAGCGCGUGCGAGAAGGGCGAGCAGUGGCAGCGGGCGCUUGCGCUGCUGAGCGAGAUGCGGGAGGCGAAGCUGGAGCUCGACGUCAUCAGCUACAACGUUGGGAUCAGCGCGUGCGAGAAGGGGCGAGCAGUGGCAGCCGGCGCUUGCGCUGCUGAGCGAGAUGCGGGAGGCGAAGCUGGAUCCCAACGUCAUCAGCUACAACGCUGGGAUCAGCGCGUGCGAGAAGGGCGAGCAGUGGCAGCGGGCGCUUGCGCUGCUGAGCGAGAUGCGGGAGGCGAAGCUGGAUCCCAACGUCAUCAGCUACAACCCCAACGUCAUCAGCUACAACGCUGGGAUCAGCGCGUGCGAGAAGGGCCAGCAGUGGCAGCGGGCGCUUGCGCUGCUGAGCGAGAUGCGGGAGGCGAAGCUGGA